UGAACUCAGCUCUGCAGGGAGAACGACACAUACAUGGUGGCUUUUGUACCAUGGAGGCUACGGCCAAGUACGAUUUCAAAGCUUCAUCUGAUGAUGAUCUCAGCUUCCGCAAAGGAGACUGCUUGAAGAUCCUGCAAACCACCGGGAACUGGUACAAAGCGGAAUUCAACGGA